AUGCCACCUUCCACGGCACGAUCACGAUUCCGAGCCGACCUGAACUCGGCAACGGAGAAGCACAUCGAAAACGUAGUCGAUAUCAAGAAGGGCGACGUCGAUGACGAGAUCACCUUCAAAUUUUCUCACCCGCAUCUCGCUGGCUCCCCCAUCGAGAUAAGCGUCCAAGCACAAGAAGUAGGAGGCUAUCCGCACAAACAUAUCUUCCUCCCCUAUACCAGCAGCGAUGUCCCACCGGCAUUCGGGAAAAUCCUAUCGGAAUCCAUGUUUGAGACCCAAGGUAUGGAUGUCGAGCACAUGCUCACCCACCUCUCUCAGACGCUGCGAGCCGGCUUGGAAAAUGCCACGUCUACGCCCGUCGGUGAGACUAACAUCGUCGACCUUGAUACACAAAACCCUGGCGACGACGAGGGCGAGGACGAGGACGACGAUUUAUUUCCCACAAGCGGUGAUGACGAGGGCGGAGACUGGGACGAGUGGUCUGCACCGCAAUCCGCUGGCCAAAAAAGUGAGCUUAACGAGCGAAUGCGUCGUGAUCUGCUUGCGGUGUACCGGGCCGGAUUUCAUCCGGGAAGGGUAUACCACGAUUCCCAAGGAGGCGAAACCAUCUCCAUCUCGAUGCGGGUAAAAAAGUUAUCCCUUUCCAAGGAGACCCUGGAGGCGUGGGACCUGGCCGCAUCGGAUUACAUCGUUCUGCUUAUUCGCUAUAAACUACAGUAUGCCCCUUUCGAGGUAGUUCUACAACAGCCGGUCGGACUUCUCUACAUCGACUUCUGCGUCCGAAAAUGUCCCAACAAGAAGCCCUCGCAGGAACAAGCUACUGCAGCCUUCGGGGACACUUCCGCGGUCGUAGGCAGCAGUCUAGGAUUGUCGCCACUUUGGAUUAGCAAGUCUAUCGAAGGGUUCAUGAACAACGAGUUCGCAUCGCUGUUGAAACUCAGGCACAGACACCGUGUUUCUUGGGACUCGGCAAAGGAGAUGAUGCACCUCCGAUUAGGGGCCGUCCCGGAAUCGAACACGCUUCCGCCUGGCGGAAGCCCCCAGCCGAAAGACACCCGACGAGCGAAUGGGAAGAAGGCUAAGGUGCCUUCUUUUCUCGCCGAGGAUCAUCUGCUGAGCAACGGAGAGAUCUCCUUACCCCUGGUUGCCGCCCAAUUUGCCCUACACUACCUCGUCCGGUGUACCGAUUACUGCACAGUGUGCCAUCGGAAGGUCGAGGGCAACUUCGAGGCUUUGAGGCCGUACGUCUGCGGUGGACUGCUUUGCCUGCACCAAUAUUUGAAUCUCGGCUUUGGUCCAAGCAUAGAGUACGAAAUCGUUAACCAACCUUACGUCGUCGACCUGUUGGUUAGCUUCUGCUACGCCAGCCUGUAUUGCCACUCCCUAGCCGACAAGAAAUGCAUGCGAGAAUUUCCCCAGGGGUUGAGCCUUCAAGUGCCCAAGAUUGCCCUGGCUGCGAGUUCGUGGCUCCGUUCCGGUCGUAAUAAGAUCACCUCCAAUGAUUGUACCCUUAUUGACCCCGUGGACAUACUUUUCAAUUGGGGCACCUCCACCGCCAACAUCGGACCGCGGGAUGUUGAUCUACAAACCGGCCAAUGGGUUGUUAUAGCAACGGAACAAUCUGCGCCGGAUUCCAAGCAGGCCGAGUCCGAGAAGCGGGUUGUGCUUCACCAUGCCCGCAUCAAUUCAAGGGAUGGUACAACGCUCUGGCUUCACCUCGUUUCUCAUUACUCAGUAUCUGACCAUAAGAUGCUGAACGAUAUACCCAAAGAGGGCCAGAUAUCGGCUCAGCUGGUGCUCUACGACGACAUGGGAAGUUUGGGCAGGGAACGAGAUCAGGCCUUCUCGAUGCUGCUCUUGCUCACGGCUCUGCCACCGAUUUCCCAGAUGAGAGGCUUGCUCAUGCACAAGACAUUAAAUUCGCUGGCUGCGUCGGAUCAAAUCCCACCUAGCGCCGUCGACCUCCUAAGGUGGAUCGUAGCGUCGAAUAGGUCGUAUAUCGUGCAGGUAGACGAACUUUCCGGCGCCGAUGGCCCUGCAGGCGGAAAACCGUCACGGCGGCACGAGAGGAUUUUCGGCGUGGAGGGCUGGAUCCAAUUUCGAUUCGCUCAGGGAUCUCCAGAGAAGGAAAGCCUCUUCAACGAUGUCCUAAGCACGGUCGAUAAGCCACACAAAUCUAUCGUUGCGUGGCAUGGGAGUCCGCUAGAGAAUUGGCACAGCAUCAUACGCCAGGGCUUGAAUUACGAUGUCUCAUUGCACGGCCGCGCCUUUGGUGACGGAAUCUACUUCAGCAGGUCGUUCGAUUACAGUCUCUAUUACAGUAAAAAUCCGGAAGCGAACCAAUCGGCGCCCCAGGAAAUGAUGUGGCCUGGGUCCGAGUUAAAGGUCUGCAGUGCGAUAAGCUUGAACGAGCUCGUGAACUUGCCCGAACGAUUCACCGCCAGGACACCAUGUUAUGUGGUGCAGUGUUGCCAUUGGACUCAAUGUAGGUAUCUCUUCGUUAGGCCCGCACCACUUGUAGAAGAAGACGGCGGGAGGCCCCGAACCCAACUCCUUAGUAAGACGCGACCGGCGCGCGAUUACGAAUCCUUCAUCCAAGAUCCGUCGUGCAACGCGAGCGGGCCGGCCAAAAGUGGAACAACACUGUCUAUUCCCCUGGUUGCGAUCUCUUGGGCGCAAAGCAAACGCGAGAAGUCGAAGAGGUUGUCGGGAAAGGAGCCAGAGAUGGAGAGCAGUGACGAAGACGAGGAGGAUAGAAAGUUCUUCCUCGCCGAAGACACAGACUGCCAGGAUGUGUCGACAGAUAAAACCGACUUCCGCCCAGGUACCUUGGACUUGUCUAGCCUCCCGCAGUUGCCCCUCCCAUCCUACGCGACCGAGCUUGCUCAAAGGGCCCUCGGACCGGAGAUCAAGCGACUGGAGAAGAUCCAAUCUACGACGCCGCUCCACGAGCUCGGCUGGUACAUCGACUUUGGGAACAUGAACAACAUGUUCCAGUGGAUUGUCGAGCUGCACUCCUUCGACCCGGGCCUCCCGCUCGCCCAGGACAUGAAGAGCGCCGGCCUUACCAGCAUCGUCCUGGAGUUCCGCUUCCUGCGCAGCUACCCCAUGUCGCCUCCGUUCGUGCGCGUGAUCCGUCCUCGAUUCCUCUCUUUCAUGAACGGCGGGGGCGGCCACGUCACGAGCGGAGGGGCCAUGUGCAUGGAGCUCCUCACCAACUCGGGCUGGUCCCCGGCCAACAGUCUCGAGGCUGUGCUCCUGCAGGUGCGCAUGGCGAUCUGCAACACGGUCCCUCAGCCGGCGCGCCUCCAACGCGUGAGCAGACCCAACCCGGGCGAUUACUCCAUCGCGGAGGCGAUUAGUGCCUACACCCGCGCCGCCAGACUACACGGGUGGGAGGUCCCCCAGGAUUUGCGAGAUGCCGAGCAGUAA